CUGCUGGCUACCCGUUUGCCCUCCCACCUCGCUUCUCUCUCCAUCAAAUCUUCGAGUUCGAAGGUCGUGAGGCUUCCGUCCUUCCAUGCCAUCCCAUGGUUUCCGUGCUUUCGUAAGGUAGUUUUAUAGGUGCCCACGGAGUACCUUCUACGUGCCUCCCUCUCAAGUUCCCGGCCGGCCUCGCCUCUGUUCUUCCAGAACCGAACACCCCGUCGUUAGGAGCUAUGGCUAUCCUCUCCGUGGCCUUAGCCGCCGCCUUGGUGGUUGGUUUUGGCUCGGCGAGUGCUCAGUCAACAAGCGAGCACAUCUGGGCCUCCAGCGCCUGGGUUCUCUAUGGCGAGCUCACUCCCGGCUUCGGGAAUGUGAAUCCGGCCGCCUUGACCCCUCUGGGGGCUCAGCAAAUGUAUUCACAGGCCACCAUGCUUCGCGCUCGUUACCUGGGCCACUCCUCGGACGAACAGGAGAAUGUGACCAGCAUUGCGCCCAUUGUGGGCAUCCAGACCAACGUCAUCGACAACGACCAGCUCAGCAUCCUUUCCACCACAGACCGCUUUGCAACUGCUGGUGCCCUGGCUUUCAUGCAAGGACUCUACCCGCCUUUGAACCAGGCUUGGAUCGACAAGACUGGCGGCAGCGAGGCCUUCCUGUUGUCCAAUGGAUCGAGUAUCGAUUAUCCUCUCGGGGGUUACCAGUAUCCAGACAUCCAGUCGUCGUCAAUGUUUGACCAGGACUCUAUAUGGCUUCAGGGCCAGGCGGUCUGCUCGAAUUACAUCAAGUCGUUGCUAGACUUCGACAGCGACAGCGAUGUUGUCUCAGCCCAGGCCAACUCUUCAAAAUUCUACAAAGGCGUAGCCACGCGCAUUUUCUCCGACUUCGACAGUUCGGCCAUCAACUUUGACAAUGCAUAUGAGUUGUACGAAUACGCCGCUUACCACGCCACCCACGACAAUGACAGCCAGAUUGACUCAAAUGAUCUUGUAAACCUCCGCCUCAUGGCGGCGGUGCAGCAGAGGCUCAGGAACGCGAAUCUCUCAGCCUCUGGGAACACCGAGGGCGAUAUGAUUCGAGCCGUUGCUGGACGGACCAUGGCCACCAAGGUUAUGUCGCUUUUUGAGGACAACAUCAAUUCUGCCGGCAAUUCGAAGAAGCUAAACGUGGCUUUCACUCCUCUAGAGCCCUUCGUCGCUUUUGCCGCCUUGUCAAAACUAACAGAGGGGGCCUCCAGUGACACCUUCCUCCAAUUGCCUUACCCGGGAGCAACGAUGGUGUUUGAGCUGUUCUCAAUAGGCGGCGAUGAGUCGAUUUAUCCCCCUACCGACAAGCUUUGGGUGCGCUUCUUUUAUCGCAAUAGCACCGGCCCUGACGCCGAACUUACGGCGUACUCUCUCUUUGCCAAUGGCGUCAAUAACUAUCUCAUGACUUACCCGGACUUCAAGGCGGCUAUGGACCAGAUCAGCCUCGCCAGUGCUUCUGACUGGUGCGGCUUGUGUGGUUCCGCCCUUUUCUGCACCAGUUUGCUGUCCAAUACAGGCCCGUCGUCACCGACCCCAACACCUCGGCCUGCCAGCGGUACCACAACCACAGCCAUGAGUCCGGCGGUUGCCGGCGUCAUUGGCGCAGCUGUUACAAUUGCCGUCGUGGGGAUCGCAGCCCUUGCAGCCAUUUUGCUUGGGGGCGUGAGGUUCCAUCGCGCUGAUUCAAAGCAACGCAACUCUACGAUAGGCGGGUUCAAAGGCGCCGAGAAGAUGGCCAGUGACACCGAUAUAGCCUACGUCCAGGGCGGCGCGCGUCAUGAACGGACUGGGAGCUGGGAGUUGCGCAAUGGCGGGAAAGGCGACAGCGAGCAGGGAGUUGUCUCGGUUACACCUAUUGCGCCGGUCGAGCCGGCAUCUACCCUCGGUGCGACGGUCCAGGCGAGAGAUCUACGGAAUCCUGCAAAGAACGUAGACGACGACGCCAUCAGCGAAAUAGGGCACAGCCCGGUAGAUCCACGCGAGUUUUGAUGUGUCGUUCGUGCUAGGUCUUGAACAAGUUGGUGGGAGGGACACGAUGCAUGGGGCUGAGUUCACUAUUUUUUUUCUUGCAUUCACUUGAUACCCCUUUUCUUUUAUCCAUACCAGGCAUCCAUACAAUCAUUCAUACUUGCGUUGUUUUCUUUUUCCUUUCUGUUACCGGUGCUUAUAUCAUCGUACUCGGAAGAGAUGCCUCUUGAUCGGAUUGCGAUCUCGGGGGGAAGAAGGCCUGCUUUCUAGUCAUCUACUCUCCUGUAUGGCACAUACUCGUAUUCGGCUAUGCGGAUUCUCAGAUGCUCGGCGAGGCGCAGACCGGGGGUGAGGCGUGUUAUGCUUUACUGGCUGAAAGGGGACGCAGGAAAGCAAAUUAAACACGCUCCUAUUUGACGUUGCUGGU